AUGGCGGGGCGAAAGCGGUCGACGCCCAGGGAGCAGCCGUCGCCGGACGAGGACGUGGCGUGGAUCGCGGGCUGCGCCAAGCAGCAACGCGUGGACGUCGACGACGCGGUCUUGCAAGGCCGUCCGUCGUAUGUCAACGACGUGAUCGGGAUCCUGCGCAACCAAGCCAACCCGAUGCUAACGCGCGCCAUGGCAGCGCGGACGCUGGGGCUGCUCAUGGAGCGCGACGCGAGCCUCAAGCGGCAGCUCAAGCUGGACUCGGACGUCUUGGUCGACGCGCUCCUGCAGAUCGUCAACCACUGCCGCCAUACCAAGAAGGCGUCGUCCAUGGACACGCGCAAGAUCCAUGUCAACUGCUGUCUCGUCAUCUCGAUGCUCAUGGAAGCCCCGUACCCGACUACUAGCACCGGGCUCGGCCAUCUCGUGUCGCUCCACUCGGAGCUGCUCGUGCUUGCCGCGCCCGUCAAGCUACGGAAGCGCAAGAUGACAACCGAUGUACGACCGACCAGCCCCGUGGCGUCAACGAACCAACAAGAAGACCGCAAACCGACGACGGCGGCGGCUGCCCGACGGCCCCGCACCGUCGCGUCGCGGUCCAAGCCACCCAGCCGGCACACGCCGAUGCGAUCCGUCUUGUUUGGCAACGAAGGCGACAUCAUGGGACUUACAGCAAGCGGCGACGAUCUCCCCGUGUACGAGUACGAGAAGCGGUUUGCGGGCUACGGCGUGCCCCAAGUCUACUAUCCGUUCCAGCGUCCGCUGUCUAAUGCCGCAACGUUGACGCCUGCUGCGACCCCGACCAUGCGGCCGCGCACCAUCCGCAAGCCGACCCGCGCUGUCAAAGGCUCCAAGCUCACGACCGCGCUCGCUGUGACACCCAACCUCAUAUUGCCCUCGUCGCUCUACGAAGCGUCGCUGCCGACCGAUCGCCGGCCGUUCCUGCUCCCGCCCGAUCAGAUGCUGGCGAUGCUGGCGACGAACGAGAUGCCGAUGAGUCUCCCGUUCAGCCGCCAGAGCGUUCGCCGGUCGGCCGCGAGUCGACUGCGGCCGACGCCGUGGGGCGACGUCCACCCAGUCAUUCUCGACUCGAGCUUUGCACCGCACCCGGAACUCCAGAGUUUGAUCUAUGUCCCUGCGCCCAAGCGGCGGCUCGUGGUCCGCCCCACCGACGCUGCCAACGACGACGAGUACGACGCGUCGCUCGACAUUUCGAGUGCCGAGUACAAGCGCCGGCGCCUCCUCGCGAUCCUCUCGUGUCCCAUCGAAUCGACGUCGACGGCCGCGGUCGAUGCGCUCGCAAGCGCCGAGCAUUCGACGCUUAUGCGCGGCUUUAGCACCGCGCUGCACACCUUGCGUGACCAAGAAGCCGCACUGCGCGUCCGAAUGGACCGCCGCAUCCACUCGAUGCGGAACAAACUCCCGCUCAAGUUUCUCUUUGAGCUGCCGGGCGGCGUCGGCUACUGCCGUGACCGACUCCAGCACGCAAUGGCGCUCUGGCUCGAAGAGUUUGAGCUCAACCAGCAGCGCGUCGCGUAUGUGCAGUGGAAAGGCCUUGUCGAGCGCGCGCGGUACCACGACCGCAUGGGCGCCUUUGUGCGGCAAGCCGCGCUCAAGCGCAUGCGCCUCGCCAUGGCGCUCAUGGUCAAGGCCUUUCUGCACAAAGGCUACGUCAAGUGGGUCCAGACAACGCGGGCCGACCUGUACAUGGCCCGCGACGUCGCCGCCCGCUGCAUCCAGCCCUGCGUCCGCCGGUACUUUGCUCUCCAGCGCGUCUACAAGCUCCACGACGACGGUCUGAUCAACGGCGCCUUGCGUGACAUGUACCUCGCGCCCCCGCGUGCGCAUCUUCCGUUUGGUAUUCCGCUGCGGAUUCGGCUCGAGCGCCGAGCGCUCUGGGCCGCGGCGAUUGCAGUCCAGGCGCCGUACCGCGGGCGCCGCUUUCGCAAGUUCAUGCAGCGACAGCGCCGCGCGGCCAUUCGUAUUCAGGCGCUGGCGCGAAAACGCAUCGCGGUGUUUGCCUACAUCAAAGUGCGCCGUCAGAUCCAGCGCAUGCAAGCUGCUAUCCGCCGGUACCUCUGCCGCAGCCACUUUGUGCGGCUGCGCUCGGCAGCCUUCCUAGUGCAGCGCAGCUGGCGCGGCCGCAUCGGGCGGAAAUUCGUCCGCACGGUCGUGCUUGUCGAGCGGCGGUUCGUCGAAGCGCGCUGGCAGGCGACGAUGCUGCUGCAGCGCAUGGUGCGCGGGCAUCUCGGGCGACGCGGCGCGCGGGCCGUCCGAAUGUACCUGGCGCGGCGCGUCUCGGCGGCACUCUUGAUCCAAAAGGCGUGGUACCGGCGCAACAACGAGUACACGACGUUCUUCCUCCUCGGCUGUCUGCGCGAAAAGGACGUGGACGAGCGCCACGAGGCGGCGACAUUGCAUCGACUGGCCCGGCACCAGCACGCGCGGACGCUCCAGCGCUAUCUGAAAGGAUUCGUGCGGCGUCAACGCCUCGCUCUCGCGACUCGAAUUCAGUGCGCCUAUCGGUGCUACAAGGCGCGCUGGGCACGCACGCAGCGCCAUUUCGAGCGGGUGAUGCACCGCCGCCUCAAGUGGUGGUUCCGCGUCCACCACGCUCGGCGCAUGCGCGCUGCGACGCGGCUGCAGUACUGGUGGCGCAAAGCGGUGCCCGGCCGCAUGCUUCGGCAUCUCCAAACCUUCAAGCAGCGAAUGCUGUGUCAUGGCGCCCGAGCGCUGCGCGAGGUGCGCGAUGUUGCUGCCACCACGAUACAGGCGCUGGUGCAUGGUGCGUGGACGCGGGCGUUUGUCAAGAAGACGCGCGCUGCGAUCGCGAUUCAGCGCAUUGCGCGCGGGUGGCAGGCCCGGCGAUACGUCGCUGGACUCCACCGCGCCCGGCGAUAUUGCGCUGCGAGUGCCUUCAUGCAGCGCGUGCUGGUGCAGGCCAUGGAGAAUGUGACGCGUAGUGUGAUGCACACGCGCAGUCGGCAUGCGACGACACUGCAGCGGUGCUGGCGCGGCUGUCGCUGUCGCCACGCCCUCGUCAUGCGCUGGACGCGUGACGCGCUGCGACAGCGCAUGGCGACGCGACUGCAGCGGGUGUGGCGCCAGAACGCGCAAAAGCGUUUUGCAGCGCGCUUGCUAACGAUCCAGCGACGGCGCGUGGCGAACCCGUACAAGUCGUUUACGCAUCUGAUGGCGAUCGUCUCGCACGCGGUCGAGGCGUCGCUGCGGCAUUUUGACCCGUUUGACCCGAUGGUGAGCCUCGGUUUACCGGGUUGGCUGCGCCGACUGGGCCUCGAGAGCUUGUACGACGACCUAGUGGGGCUCGGGUGCAAGAGUGUUGCAGGGCUGCGCAAGCUUUCCGAGUCGCAGAUGAUGACGUUGGUGCGCGACAAGGACCUCCGGCAGACGCUGCUGUCGGCGUUGCAUUAUCGCACGUGGCUCGAGGACGUGCGCGACCAGCGGCGCCUCGUGGCCGAGCUCAGCGCCACCUUUCGCCGUCUCGACGCACCGUAUACGACCGCAGUCGCCCGGGCGGCGCACCAAAAAGGCAUUCUGAUGACAGCCACCGAGCGGCACAACGCGGCGACGCUCGAAGCUCAGGACUUCAAACACCCGCCACGUGCGCUGCGUCACCGGCUCGAGGUGACUGCUCAGCAGCUGCGCGCCGCGACCGAGCUCCUUGAAACGUUGGACAGCGAGCGCGACCGGCGGGCGCCGAGCGUCGUGGCAGCCAAAGAGGCAUGGGAGGUCGCCAAGAAGGCGCUCAAGCGCAUGGAAGAGCGCGAGGUCAAGGCGAUCUUUGUGCAGCGCAGCUGCCUCUACAUCGAGUCGCCCGAGCACAUCAAACGUCUCUUCUUGGACUACUUCCCCAACAACGAGUACCGCGCGCUCUCGUUCAUCGAGUCGCUGCGCGCCAAGGCCGUGACCACGUGCCAGCUGGUGAUGUUUUUCGGUAUGUACACGACGAUCUCGGACGUCAAGCUCCAUACGCCCAACCUCCUCUACUCCAAGCUCGACGCGGAGAUCGGCAAGGCUGAGACCACCCGGCUGCAAGCCUGCUGCGACAUCCUGCAGUUUGCAGUCGAGCGCAUGGCCGAGCUGCUCGCUGUGUCGGUCGUUGACAUGGCCGACGCCCACGCAUCGUCGUCGCUUCCGAUCCCAGCGGCUUUGCUCGAAUCGACGCAUGCAGCGCAUAUGACCAAGCUACCGCACCGUCCAAUGGUGUGGCGGCAGUGCAUGACGCGCCUUCUCGAGAUGGACGCGAGCGCCAAGAUGGUCCAGCGCCUCUGGCGCACGCGGCAAGGUCGCCAGCUGCUCAAGAACCUCCGACUCGCGCACUUGCGCACGCACCUCCAAGCAUCGUACGACGCCGACCGGCAAAGCAGCACUGUGCGCCGCGUCUGGGAGGACGAUGUCAGAGCGAUGCAAAAGGUCAUUGCCGAGCGUCAGGCCGCCGCGGCCCACGCUGCGCUUCUCGACGAACUGAGUCGCACACUCCAGUUUGGGUACGAAGCCGACUGGCACGACCAGUUUCAAGUCUGGUACUACGUCCACACGCCAACGGGCAGUAUGGUCUGGGAACGACCCAGCUACGCGAUUUCACACCACGCGGCCUGCUUGAAGCUCCAGCGCGCGAGCCGGCGGUUCCUUGGGCGAUGUCGGCGCCAGAGCUACCUCCGCACACAGCUCCGCGCCGCCAAGAAAGAACGCGAGCGGGCGCUGUGGGAUCCGCUUUGGAUGGACCGGCAGCGCUACGUGACGCUGCGUAUUCAGCCACAUGCGACGCGCAACCCGCUCACGCUGCAGUGGACCAAUGCGAUGGAGCCGCGGUCCCGGCGCAAGGCCAUGCCGAGCGUACCGUCCAUAUCGCCUCUUGUCGAAGCCCACUACAUUGUGUUUGCAUCUGCGUACCAUCGCAGUGUCCUUCGGGAGGCCAAGGCGGCGCUGCUCUUGCCGCCGUACGCGCGGCCUCCAAGCCACCACGCGUCCGCGCUCGUGUCCAUGUUGUUGGCGUACGACGGCCUCGCAUCGGCGCUGGCGCCAAACCGGCACACUUCGCUGACGCUCGCGUACACCAAAGUCGAGAUGCCGUUUGGGUGGCGCACGGUCGACGAGCCCAACAGUCGGACGUACUACUACAAUGCAGCGUCCGGCGCAGUCUCGUGGGACGCCCCCGAGUACGUCUUUGAGCAAGAGUACGCAGCGCGUGCGAUCCAGGCGGCGCACCACAUGUUCCUCGGCCGGAAAGCGUUCCUGACUUUGCUCUACAGCUUUUCGUUUGUCGAGCACGUGCACGCGACAAUUGCGGCCGGCGCGGCCAUCGCGCACGUCGGGUUCGACCUUGAGGGCAUGUCGCUGAGCGUUUACUUGCAUCGGCUCGGGCUAGCCAAGUACGCGGCGUCGUUCGUCAAAGCCAAACUCUCAAUCGAGGCGUUCUGGUCGAUACCCGAAAGCAAGCUGCUGUCGCUCUACAACGUGGCGUGGACCAAGGAGGACAAGGCGAUUUUAAAAGCGGCGCCGCGACCGAGACCGCCCUGCUCGACCCGAAUGUACCCGCUCACGCCCCGCAUGCCCCCGGUGCCAGAGAAGCACGGGUUUCUCUGCAUUGCGUCUGAGAAGGUGUUGCAGUCGAGUCUCUUGUCGCACUUUACGGGCCAGCAAGGCCGCGUCCUGAGCCUCGUGCGCGCGUUGCGAGAGCUGCCCGUGCCCGUCUCGACCAAGCAGCUCGAGAUGUACAUUCGCCUCUACAGCGGCCGGCCGCAGCAAGCCACUGAGAACUUGAGCGUCGAGCUCGUUCCACCGCAGUCGACGACCGAAGAGAAAGAAGUGCAGCUCUACAAACUGUACCAAAGCGCGCUCAAGCGCUGCGCCGUCAUUGCCGCCAACAUGCAACUGAAGCACCUCGCACGCUGUCUCCUCGAUGCGAUCGCCAUCUCGCACUGCAUCAUUGGCGUCGCCCACGACCCCAAGCUCGCCCUCAGUGCCGUGCCGCUCACUCCGUCCCAGCUCACAAAGGUGCUUGCCGUGAUACCCAAGACGCGCGGGCUCUGGGAGCACAACAUUGCGGCCGCCCGGAAGCUCUCGGUCGGACAAGCCGCCUUGUAUCUUCGCGUCGGCGGCCUUGAGUUUUGUCUGCAGUACAUCCGCGCCACGAUCCUCGCCCAGAGCCUCUUUCGCAUGCUCCGACUGCACCGGUGGUACACGUCGCUCGUCGCCUACCGCCAUCGCUGCGCCACUGUGCUCCAGCUCGCGUACCGCUGCAUGGUAGCUCGUAGCACCCGAACUUGGCUCCUCGCCGAGCAAGCCUCCGAGUACGAAGAACACUACGUGGAGGCGAGUCAGCUCAGUUUUUACGUCUACACGCCGACGCAGGAGCGCCUGAGCCGGCCGCCCAUCGACGAGUACGGCCGCGCACUGCCGUUCCGGCCACUUGUCGUCGACCGUGUGUCUAAGAGGCGCAUUUUGAGCUGGCCGUGGCUCGCAUCGAGCAACCAAGCGCCCGAGGCCAUGUCGUUCGAGAGCAACGUGGUCUGUUCGCUGUGCAAGAAUGAGCGCGCGAGCCGCGUCUGCGACGUGUGCUGCACGUCGAGUGGCGACUAUGUCUACUACUGCUUUGCGUGCUUUUGCAUUGGCCACCCACCAGCGCUGUCGUGGCACACGUACCAGCCGCUCAACCACAUUCACGCGGCACCGCUGCGCUGCGUCGAGUGCACGCGCUAUAGCAGCCACCGGUGCCUCGACUGCAAGGAAGACUACUGCGACAAGUGCUGCAUCCGCGUCCACGCCAAGGGCUCCCGCGCCCGCCACACCAUCGAGACAUACCCGGCACAAGCGCAGGUCUGCAUCGAGUGCGAAGAGCGCGUCGCGAUCAAGCGCUGCCUCGUGUGCCAAGACGCGCUGUGCAUGGACUGCGCCGACCGCACGCACGCCCGCGGCAACAAGGCGAGCCAUGCGAUGGAGCCGAUUCCGCACCCGCUCUACGAAGGCGCCGGGCACUGCGUCGCCUGCAACGCGCGCGCGACGGACGCGGUCUGUCGCCACUGCAGCAAGCACGUAUGCACGGUCUGCCGCGUCGCGUCCAAGCAUGUCGGUGCCUGCCUCGAGACGCAGCUCGCAGCGGCCAAAGCCGCACUGUACGGCGACAACCUCUGCGCCGACUGCGGCAAACCUGCGGAUCGUAAGUGCGUGAGCUGUGGCGACAAGUACUGUAGCGCGCGCUGGAUGGGCAACCCCGGUUGCUUUGAGCGCUACCACGCCAAGGGCAAGCGCGUCGAGCACCAAGCCGAGCCACUGCCCUCGCUCGUGCCGAUCCAAGCCACCGCGCCCAUUCUGGAACUCGAGCGCAAGAUUGCAGCACUCCGAAAAGCUGCUGACAACGACGCGGCCGCCGACGCCUUGGCGCGCCAGCGCAGGUUGGAAGAGCAGCAUCUCGAGACGUUGCGGCGCGAGAAAGCAAUGAUUGCCGAGCGCAAGCGUGCCGAGAAGUUAGAAACCAACCAAGCACCGCAACAACAGGUCGUCGAGCCCGAGCAGGAGACGAAGAAGAAGGUGAAAGACGCGCCAUGUGGCAUAUCUGGGUGCUCGUCGCCAGUCUUCAAGUCGCAGCCCUACUGCGUCGACCACUGCACCGUCCAGCUGCUGCUUGCGACCGGCAAGGACGCGGCAGAGGUCGCCAAGAUCAUGGCGUCCGCCCAAGCGACGAUUGCACGCAACGAAGCCAAACCGUCGCGCGUCACCAACCUCCUACGGGACCUGCGCGAAGUGUCGCGGCUCCAGCGAGCCGCCGCCGCCGCCGCCAAAACGCAAACCGCGUCCAAAUGA